UUAUUAGCGGCGUUUCAGCGUCGGGAGGCGGUUUGGCCGCGAGCUCCGUUUCCGAAACGUUUACUCGUCACACCGGCGGCGUCCCGAGCGGUUUGUCAUGAAUGGGACUUCACUUUAGGUCGCAAACCGAGCCCGAGGAUUUGACGCGAGCGGACUCUUCUUUUGACUUGUCAGCUGAGCCAAAAGCUGCAGAGUAAACGCAGCAGCGCUGGAGACAAAUUCCAUAGCUGGGCGGGAUUGAGGAAGGCGUCUACGGAGAAAGCCACCGAACACCCCCCAGCCCCUCCGACUCCCCCCCGACCCGUGCUUGCGACACUUUUGGCGCUCAACCCUGUUUUUCUACCCUCCCAACAUCUCAUGGCACACGUGUAGCAGACUGAGGGGAUUAUUAAUUGUUCUGAAAAUGAAGCAAUACUGUCUGUACCUCUCCAGGACGAAAGAAGAGCACUUGUGUUAACAACACGCACGUUGGAACUUCUUGCUCCUGGUGAGUCGGUACAGUCAUAGAACAUUCUGUACCUGCUGACCCCCUCUGACAGCCGAAGGGACUUUGAGUGUGAGACGUUUUGAUUCUGUUGGACCAACAACAUGUGAAAGUAUGACCAUCCGUGACAGGCAGCAGUCUGUAGUGGUGCCAUAAUGAGCAUUACAGCUGGACCCGGGUACUGAAAAGAGAACUCUUCAGAACGUGAACCCUUGCACACAAACGGAAUAUCUUGUGUAGCCAGGAGAGCUUUCCUGUUUAACCCCUAAAGUGCCACUUGGAACUGGUUUGAUUUCGGCCGUGCACGGUGCCAGGAUGCCCCAUAGAGCCGCCCGCUGUUCCUGAGAAAGAGGCCGGUGGGGGGAGAGGGAGGGAGACCACGUAGGAAAUGACAGAAUGCAUGACAGAAUACAAAGCGCUGGUGACUCCGUCCACGCGCAACGGCCACCGCGUCUUCAGCUACACGCUAGAGAGCCACACGGCGGCCGCCUUUGCCAUCAUGAACGAGCUGCGCGCGGGGCGCCAGCUGUGCGACGUCACGCUGCGCGUACGCUACAAGGACCUGGAGGCGGUGGACUUCGUGGCCCACAAAGUGGUGUUGGCCUCCUCGUCGCCGGUCUUCAGGGCCAUGUUCACCAAUGGCCUGAAGGAGUGCGGCAUGGAGCUGGUGUCCAUCGAGGGGAUCCAUCCCAGGGUCAUGGAGCGACUGAUAGAGUUCGCCUACACCGCCAGCAUCUCUGUGGGGGAGAAGUGUGUGAUCCAUGUGAUGAACGGCGCCGUCAUGUACCAGAUCGACAGCGUGGUCAAGGCCUGCUGCGAUUUCCUCGUGCAGCAGCUCGACCCCAGCAACGCCAUCGGCAUCGCCAACUUCGCUGAGCAGAUCGCGUGCAUGGAGCUCCACCAGAAGGCCCGCGAGUACAUCUACAUGAACUUCAGCCAGGUGGCGACCCAGGAGGAGUUCUUCAACCUGUCCCACUGCCAGCUGGUCACCCUCAUCAGCAGAGACGAGCUCAAUGUGCGCUGCGAGUCCGAAGUCUUCCAGGCGUGCGUGGCCUGGGUUCGCUACGACCGAGAGAACCGGCGGCCGUACGUCCAGGCGCUGCUCCAGGCCGUCCGCUGCCACUCGCUCACCCCCAACUUCCUGCAGGCCCAGCUCCAGUCUCUCGACUGGGACCCCCAGUGCAAAGACUACCUGGCCCAGAUCUUCCAGGACCUCACCCUCCACAAGCCCAACAAAGUCAUUUCUUGGAGAACGCCGAAGGUGCCGCAGCUGAUCUAUACCGCGGGGGGUUAUUUCCGCCAGUCUCUCAGCUACCUGGAGGCGUAUAAUCCCUGUACGGGGGCGUGGCAGAGGCUGGCUGACCUGCAGGUACCUCGCAGUGGCCUGGCAGCGUGUGUGAUCAGUGGGCUUUUCUACGCUGUGGGGGGAAGAAACAACGCGCCCGAUGGCAACAUGGACUCCAACGCGCUGGACUGCUACAAUCCGAUGAACGACUGCUGGCUGCCGUGUUCCCCCAUGAGCGUGCCAAGGAACCGGAUCGGAGUGGGCGUCAUCGACGGGAUGAUAUAUGCAGUCGGAGGAUCACAUGGCUGCAUUCAUCACAAUAGUGUUGAAAGGUACGACCCAGAAAGGGACCAGUGGCAGCUGGUGGCCCCCAUGUUGACCCGGCGGAUCGGUGUAGGUGUCGCUGUCAUCACCCGGCUGCUCUAUGCUGUGGGGGGGUUCGACGGGGCCAACCGCCUCAGCUCCUGUGAGUGCUACAACCCCGAGAACGACGACUGGAAGACCAUGGCCGCCAUGAACACUGUGCGCUCCGGAGCUGGUGAGGAAGGGAGCUGCUUUUUGACGGGAACGUGUCAGCCGGAAGGUGUGUGCUCACUGGGGAAUCGCAUCUUUGUGAUGGGCGGCUACGACGGCACCAACCAGCUGAACACGGUGGAGCGCUACGAUGUGGAAACGGAUACUUGGAGCUUCGCUGCCUCCAUGAGGCAUCGGCGCAGCGCUCUGGGAGUCACUGCAUUACAUGGAAGCAUUUAUGUAAUGGGAGGCUACGAUGGCAACACGUUCCUGGACAGCGUGGAGUGUUACGACCCUGAGAAGGACACGUGGUCUGAGGUGACGCACAUGACAUCUGGGCGGAGCGGCGUCGGAGUGGCCGUUACCAUGGAGCCGUGCCAGAAAGACCUGCAACGGAGUCAUACGUGUGAGAGGGAGAGCGACGCCGCGUCACCGGCCAGUCAGUCAGCCAACGGCGGCUCCAGCUCCUGCAGCAGUGAGCGGCAGGACGGGUCCUUUGGCACUUAGGACUGAUGGAGCCUGUCUCUCUCACUCACACACACACACACAGAUGGACGGGCAGCACAAAACGCCACGCUGUCUUACCAAAACAAAGACCCUCACAACAAAUUUGAGACCACGGUGAAACCGCACACGCUGCCUCAUUGGUUCUGGACAAGCAAAAAAGAAAUGAUAAAAAACUUUAUUGUAAAAGUGCAGUGGAAUAAAUAUUGAAGUAUCCGCAUUGGAUUAUCCUAAAGUAUGACCCCAGAUCCUACGGUCCACUUUUCCAGGCUGGUAAGUUGGUCAGUUAGUUUGGGGAACUGUGUUUUCGGGGGUGGCAUGUGGAGCGUUCUGUCGGACCGUCACAUGCCAGGUU